GUUCGUCCAAUGUACUCGUGACCCAGAGGGUUCAUUUCUCCAUGGCAAUUUCCCAAUCCCUACGCUACGGUACUAAGGGACCCUGUUCAUUCGCCCGGCGGGAUCGUGCGCUGUCCCGCGUUCGAUAUCUGCCUCUGGGCGGCGGCUUCUGCAAGUUCCAGCUUCCUCUUCAGACCGACGAACAUUCUCUUGCUGGCUGAUUCUGGCAGCGUAGCCCGUUGAACCAAUGCACACAUGGGAGUCACGCAAAAUGCCUUUCGACAUCGACGACUUCAAGUGGCCCUGUGAAAUCGGCUUCCGCGUCGAGGUUCACGAUCAUGAGCACUGGCUCAAUAACUGCACCUUCGAUCAAUAUGGCAACAUGAAGUCUCGGGAGCCAAAUCGUACUCCGGACGAACAAGCAUGCUUGGACCAUUUCAACUGGAGAUGCAGACGGCCGGGGCCGUUUAUCUCCAUGUACGCCAACAACUGGAACAAAGCUCUCGACAGAAGACGCUGGUACUUGGAGAAAGGGGCCACCAAUGUCGUCAUCGUUGCCGUCUGGCUGAAGAAGCUGCCGGUGUACGACGCUUACACCCUCGCUGGUUUCCUCCGUAUUCCAGACAAUAAAUGUGAUCCGGACGAGCUCUUGGUCUUGGGUGGCAUUGCGGCCGACCAGUACCGUAUCCUAGCAACCUUUGAUGGCAUGGGGAACCCCGGACGUGCGUUGCUCUCUCUCAACGGCUUAAACGUGGACGUCCUCCUCCCACCAGCGUUUAUUGGAGGCAACGAGCAUGCAUAUGGGUUUCUACCAAACGCUACGGACAAGCUUCGGGACGAAUUCUACUCAUGCACCGGCGAGAGAGACGGUAUUAAGUUCUGUAAACUAGCUAUCGCUCUGGCUGGGAUUCGCUCCACCUUUGGAACGAAGGUCAUUGUGGUUUCAGUGCCGCCAGAACAUUGAGGGCCAGCUCUUGGGUGUUAUCCUUGUAUAGUCUGAGAUAUGGGUGUGGGGUCCGGGGGCUUGCUAGAUAGUUGCUUUACCACUGUUAUUUGACGAUCUGACUAU